AUGGGGAAGCAACAAGGGGGCUUCGCUAGCAUCCUGAACAAGGACCGCCGCUCCCUGCCACCGCAAAGUGUCCAGCGGCAGCGAACACCAGGUAUCUACACAGAGAGCAGCAACGACCCCAAACGCAGUUGCAUAACCUCUUUUGCCAUCUACGGACCCCUGAAGCUGGCCUUUUUCCCUGCUUUCAUAGCCUUUUCUAUGAUGGGCCACAAUAGCUUGGUGGCGCCUGUCAAUGUGACCAUCAGGGCCCUGAAGGCUAAUUCUGCUGUGGUGACAUGGGACAUCCCUGAGGGGGACACCGUCAUUGGCUUCGCCAUCACACAGCAGAAGAAGGACGUGCGCAUGCUGCGCUUCAUCCAGGAAGUUAACACCACCACACGUUCCUGUGCACUAUGGGACUUGGACGAGGAGACAGACUACAUCGUUCAUGUCCAGUCCAUCAGUAUGUCCGGGCCGAGCCAACUCAGCGAACCUCUGCGCUUCCGAACACCGAAGGAAGCCGAGACUCAGGCCUCCAAGAGUAAAGACGAAGUAACCAUGGAGGAGGUGGGUCAGACCACCCAGCUGAGGGCGGGGGAGCUGAUUAUCAUCGUGGUGGUACUUAUCAUGUGGGCAGGUGUGAUCGCUCUCUUCUGCCGUCAGUACGACAUCAUCAAAGACAAUGAGCCCAACAACAACAAGGACAAAGCCAAAAAUUCCUCAGAGUGCAGCACUCCUGAGCACCCAACGGGGGGGCUGUUACGCAGUAAGUUUCCCAAGAAUAACAACAACAACAAUAGGACGCCAUCUGUCAACAUCAUUGAGGUGUGA